CAGGAAGGAGUUGUAUGCGACAAUCAAGCUGAUUCUGCAUCUCAGCUCAGUGUGGCCGAGCUGAACACAUUUCACUCAACAAGAGAGUAUCCAAGUGACCUGAUUCCAAAUGAGAUAUAUGUUGAUUUGGCAGCACAAGUAGUCUUCGCCCCAAUCAAUGGCAGUCCAGUCCCAUUUCAUAUUAGCAUGAUAAAGAAUGCUGUGCAACCAGAUCCCGAUCGUACGGCCACGUACCUCCGUCUGAACCUCUACACGCCUGGUCAAUCACUUGCAAAGGAAGUCGCCACCACCACUGGAAAGCUAAUCGAUCAACAUGGUCGAACUUCGACAUUUAUCAAGGAAAUGCUCUAUCGUAGUCGCGAGCCACGUCGGCUGACCGCUGCUUAUCGCAUGAUCCAGGAAUUGCGGAAGCGGUUUCGCCAGCACGCAGCCCGUGUGGCUGAGGAGGCAGACCUUAUUAUUCAAGAAAAACUUGUUAAAAUGCGUGAUCAGCGGAUACCCCGCAUGACUGACCUAACGAUGCGACCCUUUUUGAGUGGAAAAAAAACAACUGGGUCGCUCGAGGCUCACACAAACGGUCUACGUUUCAGCUCCAAAAAACAUGAAAUGGUUGAUAUCAUGUAUACUAACAUCCAGCACAGCCUUUUCCAGCCUUGCGAAUGCGAAGUAAUGGUAUUGAUUCAUUUUCAUCUUCAAAAUCCAAUUCUUAUCGGGAAAAAAAAAACCCAGGAUGUUCAAUUCCUCACUGAGGUCGUUGAUGCAUCAGUUGCCCUAGACGGUGUCCGUCGAUCCAUGUACGACCCCGACGAACUUGACGAAGAGCAACGAGAACGCCACUUGCGUAAGAAGCUCAAUGAGAUGUUUAAGGAAUUUUGCAAGAAGGUGGAACGGAUAGCCAAGCAUCAUCAUCAUCAACUUGAGUUCGAUAUACCGUAUCGAGAUCUUGGAUUCCACGGAGUGCCAAAUAGAGAGAUGGUCCUUAUUCAGCCUACAGUUCAUUGUCUGGUGAACAUCACAGACACACCGUUUUUUGUAGUCGAGCUCAACCACGUGGAGCAUGUUCACUUUGAGCGUUGCACUUUUCGAUCAAAGAACUUUGACAUGGUGAUCAUCCUUAAAAACUUCGAAAUUGCACCGUUAUCAAUCAAUGCCGUGCCGAUGCACGAACUCGACUCAAUUCAGGAAUGGCUCACGGACUGCUCUAUCACAUAUACCGCCUAUUGCAGCGAAAUUCACGAGAUUGAUGUCAUGAGUCUAGUGAGAGGCGAUGCACGGUUUUACCAGGCGACUGAUGAAAACGACGAGCCUAAACCAGCUGGCUGGCAAUUCCUCCAAGCUGAUGAUGAUGAAGAAAUGGAUGCGGAAGAGGAUGAUGGCGACGAAGACUACAACGAAAGUGACGAUGACGACGAAGACGACGAUGAUGAUGAUGAUGAUGAAGAUGAAGAUGAGGACGAGGAGGACGAGGAAGAUGAGGACCAGGACGAGGACGAGGCGGCCGUGGAGGACGAGGUAUGUUCUAGUUACCAAACUCUAGAGUAAAGUACGGUAAAUAUUUCUGUUAGGAUGACGACGUACUUGAUUGGCGCUAACCAGAGUAUAGACCGAGACUAAACCGACACUUACGUGUGUGCGUGUGCUCCAGGGACUCUAUGGAUGCAGUUGCUGAACAGGAGGAUCGCAUGAAGCGAAUUGUUCUGCCGUGAAAUAAGCUCCC